AUGGCGGCGUUCUCCAAACAAAAUCGUGGGGAGGAAGAGGGUCUUCUCGGAGAGAAACAAGAGCGAGGCUGGAAACAGCAACGCCAGCAAUCUUCCCGAAGAUGGACAGCAUUGACCAUCAUGUCCCUGCUGGGCACUUUCGCCCUGGUUGUGUACUUCGCGAAGGAAACCCAGUGCAACCCUCCCACACGUUCCACAACCCAGCCUGACCUACCUGUGACUUCCCCCGUGGACAUGUCAAAGAGAUCUGACUGCAAUACUGUCGAUGGCGGUUACCAAUGCAAUUCCGAGCUCUCACACAAGUGGGGCCAUUAUUCGCCCUAUUUCUCUCUUUCCGAAGAAUCAUCCAUCUCGGAUGAGGUACCUCAUGAUUGUCAGAUCACCUUUGCUCAAGUGAUCUCCCGUCAUGGUGCUCGAUUCCCGUCCGCGAAGAAGAGCAAAGUAUAUGCCAAGCUCAUUGAAAAUAUCCAAGCGAACGCGACUGCAUACAAGGGCAACACGAAGUUCCUCCGCUCAUACAAGUACAUCAUGGGCGGUGAUGAUUUGGUACCCUUCGGAGUGAACCAGAUGGUGGACUCGGGGACGAAAUUCUACCAGCGUUACGAGGCGUUGGCGAAGAAAGCUGUGCCCUUCAUUCGGUCAUCUGACUCAGGGCGGGUUGUGGCUUCAGGUGCGAAUUUUAUCAAGGGAUUCCAGAAGGCGAAGUUGGAUGACAAAAAUGCCAAUCACCGUCAACCAAGCCCCAAAACCAAUGUCAUCAUCUCAGAGGAGUCUGGCACCAACAACACUCUGAACCACAGCGAAACCUGUCCUAAAUUCGAAGACAAUGAACUGGGCGACAAGGUCGAAGAAAAAUACAUGAAAAUCUUUGUGCCGCCCAUCCGAGCUCGUCUCGAGGCCGAUCUCCCUGGCGUUAAACUUGAAGAUAUCGAUGUUGUCAGUCUGAUGGACAUCUGUCCUUUCGAGACAGUGUCUUCAAGUGACGAUGCAGCCGAGCUAUCUCCAUUCUGCGACCUCUUCACCCCGACCGAAUGGAGCCAAUACGACUACCUCCAGUCGUUGAGCAAGUACUACGGUUAUGGCGCCGGCAAUCCUCUCGGCCCGACCCAGGGUGUCGGUUUCGUAAACGAACUGAUCGCCCGACUCACUCGCCACCCAGUGAAGGACCACACAAGCACAAACCGUACGCUCGAUGCCCCCGGCGCUGCGACAUUCCCCCUCAACUACACCAUGUACGCCGACUUCACGCAUGACAACGGAAUGAUUCCGUUCUUCUUUGCUUUGGGCUUAUACAACGGCACCGCUCCACUCUCGCUCACCCACGUCCAGUCUCCUAGCCAAACAGACGGGUUCUCUUCGGCCUGGACGGUCCCUUUCGGUGCUCGGGCUUAUGUCGAGAUGAUGCAAUGUCGUCGGGAGCCUGAGCCGCUUGUGCGAGUCCUCGUUAAUGACCGUGUCAUUCCGCUGCACGGUUGCCCGGUGGAUAAACUUGGCCGUUGUCGCCGUCGUGAUUUCGUGAAAGGGCUUACUUUUGCACGCUCUGGCGGCGACUGGGCCAAGUGUUAUAAAUAG